GUGUGUGUGCACGGGCACACGCACUCCCACGCCUGUCCGUGUACCUGGUGCUGGGACAGGGGACAGUACGCACCUGAGAGCAUCCACAUGAGUGUGGAGGUAAGAGGUGUAUCUGCGCGCACUGGUGUGCAGGAGCCGAGGCCCCCUUGCCAGGUGUUAGCUCGGGGCGAGGCGCGUGCUGGGCUGAGAGGGGGUCAGCGCUGCAGCAGCUUUGAGAAGGGUUACAGUGCCCCCAUGCAGCUCUCACGACCCGGCCCCCUGCCCAGCACACAUCACACCUGCAUCUCUCCGCUGUCCAGGGUACUCAGAAGUGACGCCCCUGCCAGGAGGGCUAUGAGAAACUCCACCAACUCCACUGAGACUUUGGUGACAGAUGUCAUCCUGCUGGGCUUCCCUGAGCUGUGCCACCUUCAGGGGCUGCUGCUCGGGUCAUUCUUCGCGAUCUACAUGGUGACUGUCCUGGAGAACCUGGUCAUCGUGGUGACCAUCAGAGCCAGCCGUCCACUGCACACACCCAUGUACUACUCCCUGGCCAACCUGUCCGUGCUGGAGACCCUCUACACCUCGGUCACCAUCCCCAAGCUGCUGGCUGGCCUCCUGGUCUCGGCGAGGACCAUCUCCUUCUCAGGCUGCCUCACCCAGCUGUUCCUCUUCCUCUCCCUUGGCGCCUCUGAGUGCUUGCUCCUGGCCACCAUGGCCUGUGACCGGUACCUGGCCAUCUGCCACCUGCUGCACUAGCCGGCCAUCAUGGACUCGAGGCUCUUGAGUCUGGCCCUCAGCGCCUGGCUGGGUGGCUUCCUGGUCUCCUUUGUGUCCAUGGCUCUCACCUCCUGCCUCAGGCUCUGAGGCCUCAACGUCCUCAACAACUUCUUCCGUGACAUCUCACCCCUGCUGCGGCUCUGCUGCUCCGGCACCAUCACCAUCAAAGUGCUGGACUUCGUGGCAGCCCUGGCUGUGCGCGCGACCUUCCUGCCAGUGACCGUGGUCUCCUAUGCCCACAUCGUGGCCACGGUGCUGAGCAUCCCAGGAGGGGCCGGCCGCCAGAAGGCCUUCUCCACCUGUGCUUCCCACCUGGCGCUGGUGGCCAUCUUCUACACCACCACCAUCUUCAGGUACGCCUGGCCUCACGCCGUCAGCUCCUUCGACUUCAACAAGCUGGUGUCCAUGGUCUACUUGGUUGUGACCCCAUGGCUUAACCCCGUCAUCUACUGCCUGCAGAACCACGACAUCAGGGAGGCCCUGGCCCAACUCCACCAGGCCCCUGGCCCCUCCUAG